GGGUCUGGGUUUGCACCAAGUGUCAGAAGAAGGUUCUGAACAAAGAGAACAUGUCGUGGCCACAGAACUUUGUCCAGUCCUAUGUGACACACAAGACGGUGAGAGAGGGGGAGAAGAGGAGUCUACUCAGGAGGAAUGUAGAGCUGAAGAAGGAGUGUGCUCACCUGGAGGAACAGGAUCAGCAACUCAGCAAGUCCCUCACGCAGAAGGUGAUGGGCGUGCGGGAGCGUCUGAUUGGUCAACAGAGGGACACCCAGUCCUCCCUGGAGCGUCUCAAGGCUCUGAUUCGUCUGAUCCAAAGAGACCAGAUGAUCCAGGUUACCAUGACAGCCACCGCCACCACCACCGGAGUGUCCCUGCUCUCCCUGCCCUGGAUCAAACCCUCCGGCGCCGCCACACACACAGUGCCCCCUGCUGGACCGUCUAUGCUACUGCAGCAGAAGACUCUGGUCAUGCCACAGUCUCAGACACAGAGCCAGGCUCAGGGCAAUGUCUGAGCUCUAGUAGUACCACCCCAGCCCAGCAGGGGGCCACAGUUCACAGUCCAAGGUUGCGCCACAAAUGGCACUCUAUUCCCUAUAUACUGUAGAACUUUUAAUAAACAGACCCAUAGGGGAAGUUUCAAAUACAUGUCCAUUUGACAUCAGAGCCCUGGUCUAAAGUAGUGUACUAUAUAGGGAAUAGGGCUCUGUCUAUAGUAGUGUACUAUAUAGGGAAUAGGGCCCUGGUCUAUAGUAGUGUACUAUAUAGGGAAUAGGGCUCUGGUCUAAAGUAGUGUACUAUAUAGGGAAUAGGGCCCUGGUCUAAAGUAGUGUACUAUAUAGGGAAUAGGGCUCUGUCUAUAGUAGUGUACUAUAUAGGGAAUAGGGCUCUGUCUAUAGUAGUGUACUAUAUAGGGAAUAGGGCUCUGGUCUAAAGUAGUGUACUAAAUAGGGAAUAGGGCUCUGGUCUAAAGUAGUGUACUACAUAGGGAAUAGGGCUCUGGUCUAAAGUAGUGCACUAUAUAGGGAAUAGGGCUCUGGUCUAAAGUAGUGCACUAUAUAGGGAAUAGGGUUCUGGUCUAUAGUAGUGCACUAUAUAGGGGGGAAUUAGGGCUUUGGUCUAAAGUAGUGCACUACAUAGGGAAUAGGGUGCCAUUUGGGACUUAGACGAAGUAUCCAUGCCACGUGGCCACCUGUCACAGAGACAUUGAAGACAGCGGGGUUUUUUUAAGAAGAAGAAGUCAGAGACUCCAUUGAAACCAUUGAAUAUCAGUGAACCGUACGGUAGAAGAGCUGGAGGGGGAUGAACGAGAAACACACAAAAAAAAAAACACAUCUUC